CCGCAUUUUCCCUCUGUGCCGGCCCUGCCAGGGAGGUGAUCAGCCCAGAUUCCUUCCAAAUCGACCCACUGGCAUCGGCAAGCAGCCAGAAUUCCGUCUCGCCCCAGCCCCCCCGCCUGCAAUCCGGACGCCGAACCUUCAGAAAUCGAUUCCUGCCGACGCGGCACUUGCUGGCGCUACUGCGGGAGGCGCACCGGUUUUUGUCGAUCCGUGAUACCAGCACCCGACCCCUCAGCUCGCUCUCAUCGUCGCAGCUCGAUUGUCGUCAUUGCCAGACAUCGGGACGCAUGUAGCGCCCCGGCUACCAGACCAUGUCCAUCGAGGCGAUUGGCGCUUCGGCGCCCAUGGCUGUGGAUGUCGACAUGCCCUCCGACAGCUCCAAGCCGAUUGGCCUGCACUCGCCGCCCGACAGCAACAAUGCCAUGGAUGUCGACGGCAGCGACUCGGAGCUUAGCGACCUCGAUGAAGUUGCCGGCAAGCUCGACGGCGUGCUCAAAGCCGAACUCGAGGAGGAACUCAAGGACCCGCCCGCACCUGAACCGGCGCCUCCGCCCGAAGACAUCGGCGAGAUCCUCCCCGACCACUGGUCCGGCAAUGUGCCCGUGUUUAAGCCGACUAUGAAGCAGUUUCAGGACUUCAAGCUCUUCAUGGAAAAGGUUGACAAGUACGGCAUGAAGUCCGGCAUCAUCAAGAUCAUUCCGCCCCAGGAAUGGAAGGACGCAUUGCCGCCGCUGGAUAACCUUGUCAAGCAGAUCCGCGUGCGCGACCCGAUCAAGCAGGACAUCAUGGGCUCCAAUGGUACCUACCGACAGGUCAAUAUUCUCCACCAGCGCUCCUACAACCUCCCGCAAUGGAGGCAGCUAUGCGAGCAAAGCGAACAUCAACCUCCCGCGAGGCGAGGCGAGCGUCGUGCCAACUCGGACAGAAAACCGGCGACCCGAUCUCGGGCGGCGGCACAGCCGAGUGCGAGUGCGCGAUCCGCGCCAUCCGCCGCUCCGGCGAAGAAGCGGAGAGGAGGAAGGGUGACGCGCAGGUCGGCAAGGACUGCAAAGGACGAAACCGAAGAACCCGAGGACCGCCCGAUGACGCCUGUUUCGCCGAACCCGGAGAGAGAGGAGGUCCUGGACUCCGUGGAAAAUGACCCUGGCGUCCCAGAGGAGCAAUGCGAAGAUGAGGGCGAUGCUCCAGUUGUGCGGCGAAUGGGCUUUUCUAAGCAGUCCAACCCGAAAACCCAAUCCACGUCGGCGCGGCGGAAGUACAUCCGCCGCGAAGGCUCCGCCAUGAUCGACGAGGCCGCGUUCAAGGACUUUGACUAUCGAAUGGAUGUUUCCGAGUUCACGCCAGAACGGUGCGAAGAGCUGGAAAAGAUUUACUGGAAGACACUGACGUAUGCUCCACCUCUGUACGGGGCGGAUCUUCCGGGCACGCUGUUCGACGAGUCCACCAAGAUCUGGAACUUGAACAAGCUGCCGAAUCUCCUCGACGUCCUCGGUACCAAGGUUCCCGGCGUCAACACGGCAUAUCUGUACCUCGGUAUGUGGAAGGCAACGUUUGCCUGGCAUCUGGAAGACGUCGACCUCUACAGCAUCAAUUACCUGCAUUUCGGGGCGCCAAAGCAGUGGUACAGCAUUUCUCAAGCCGACGCCCGCCGUUUCGAAGCCGCCAUGAAGAACAUCUGGCCGACGGAAGCGAAAGCCUGCGAUCAGUUCCUGCGGCACAAGUCCUUCCUCAUCUCUCCGUCGCACCUGAAGCAGCACUACAACAUCACCGUCAACAAAUGCGUCUCGUAUCCCGGCGAGUUCGUCGUCACGUAUCCAUAUGGCUACCACUCUGGAUACAAUCUGGGUUACAACUGCGCCGAGGCGGUCAACUUCGCACUGGACAGCUGGCUUCCAAUGGGCAAGAUCGCCAAGAGGUGCCAGUGUGCCCAGGCUCAGGACAGCGUGUGGAUCGAUGUCUACGAGAUCGAGCGCAAACUGCGCGGAGAGGAGACCGAGUACGAGGAAACGGAAGACGAGGAUGAAGAAGACGAAGAAGAUGAGGAAGAUCAAGACACAGGCCUUCCGAGUCCACCUUCGAGUCACACCGUCAGGGUCAAGGUGCCCGGCCGGAAACGCAAGCGCGCAGCGGACGAGAAGGAGCCGCGGGCCAAGAAGAAAAUCCGCCUGCGUCUCAAGUCGCAUGUCGAACCGCCCUGCUGUCUUUGUCCCAACGACAUCCCGGGGGCAGAGAUCUUGCCCACGGACGACGGCCGCAAAGCCCAUCGCAUGUGUGCCCUCUAUCUUCCCGAGACGUACCUCGAGACGGUGGACGACAAGGAGAUCGUCGCCAAUGUGGCCGGCAUCGACAAGGCCCGCUUGGAGCUCAAGUGUCUCUACUGCCGCUCCAAGAAGGGCGCGUGCUUUCAAUGCUCUCAGAAGAAGUGCCCGAGGUCCUACCACGCCACCUGUGCGGCCGCCGCUGGCGUCUUCGUGGAGUCAGCCGAGGUACCCGUGUUUGGGGAGGACGGUACCGAAUACAAGGAGCAGGCUUUCGAGUUCAGCUGCCGCUUCCAUCGGACCAAGAGAGACAGGAAACUGGACGGCGAGGCGCUCGAGAAGGAUACCCACCUCCGCGAAGCCGCCAGGGCCCUCAAGAUGCACGAUAUUUGCCAACUGCAAUAUUACCGCGGGGAUAUCUUUGCUGGUGUGGUAGUGGAGAACCGUCCGGACGAGGAGACUGUGCUCGUCGACGUCAUUCCAAAUGGCGAUCGGGUUGAAGUCGAGUGGAAGUGGUUGCUUCUGCCAGACCCUGCAGAUUUCCGCCUGCCCAAGGCUUCAGCCAACGCCAUCCCGAUGCCGACCUCCAGGAAGGCGCAGAAGGCGAUCAAUGCCAAGCGAGCUGUGGAUGAAGCUCCCAGGAAGGACGACGAGUUCGCCACCGGAUUUGUUUGGGCCGAGUUCCAUACGGGCGAUCCCGGCAAGAAUCCGGAGCAGGUCAAAGUGGACUUUUCCAAGGAGAACCAGAUCUGGUACUACCUCGGAAAGACGUCGACGGAAGCCAAGGCUCAGUAUACCGAGGACCUUUCCAGGCCUUGGUAUAACCCCAAGGGCAACUUCCUGGAUACAAUACCGAAGCCCGUGGCCCCGGCCGCGGUGCGGAUGCCCGCGGGGCCUCCAUCGAUGCCGGUUCUUCCGGGAGGUUACCCAACCCAUCCGUCUGUCACCGUGGUAUCACCAGGUGCUCAGGCGCCAAAGCAGGAGAAGCCAUAUGUCUACAAGCCGCGGAAGCCGAUUGCGCCAACUUCUGGGGCGCAAUCUCCCGUCUUCACGUCGCAGAUGUUUGCUGUCAACGGGCCAUCGGCGUCGGCGUCCCCGCUUUUGCACCAGCAAUCCCCACCUCAACAGAUGCAGCCACAACCACCGCCGCAGCCGGUAUUCCAGCAUCAUCAUGUCUUCCAACAUCCCCCACAACAGCAACAGGUGGUGCAUCACCAACUGCCGCAGCCGCCGCCGUACCAGAUCCCGCUUAAAGUAAAGCAGUAUCAGCCGUCUGGUUCGAACACUCAACGCAAGCACUCAUCAGCACUCUAUUCGUCGGAUCGUUUCGCGCCCGUCGGAGGGCAAUCUGUUCAGCCUCCUUCAAGAGCCUGGUCUUCACCAUCGGGCGCGGCUGGUGGUUCCAUGCCGCAUCCGCCACCGAUGACUUCUUCGGCCUUGAGACCUCCAAGUUUUGGCGACCAGCCGUCUGGAGCAGCAGGACCAAUCAGCGCGUACCAGAAAUACAGCUAUUUCCAGGUUCAUCAUAACAGGGACUCGUCCAGGUACCGGACGCCCUAUGCCUACGGGCAAGGGGGAGGCUUCACAAACGGGUACGAAGGCAACCACCGGGAGUUCUUGAUCAAGACGCAAAAGGCUCUCUCGGGAGGGUCUGGCCAGAGUCCGGUGAGGCAGGUGCCCGCCUCGCUUCUGAAGCCUCUUCAACCGCGUCCCAAUGCCCCACCUACACCGUCCGCUGCAUCCUACGGCCCGCACGCCUCCGCAUAUGCCCAGAUUCUUCCCCGACCGGCGACGAACGGUCAACCAUCCCCAUCUCCCCAGACACCGGCGGCAGCAAGCAGUCCGUUUCAGGCAUCAUCUCCCUAUCAGAGCCCGGGCUUCGCACCACAAACAGCCCCUGCGGGUCAAUCCUACGAGGGCAGCCCAUCUGGCUCGGUGCCGCUGCACCCUGCAAUCCGACCGCAAUACGGAGCGUCACCGACACAACAUGCGAGCCAGCCUAUGCACAAUGUCUGGCCGCCAGUGUCACAGCCUCCGGCCCCAUCACCUCCGCAGCCAGCUCCGGCCGCAACACAGCCCAAGCCGCCGCCCGCGAAACACAGCCAUAGCCCAAUACCAUUGCCGCCGUACGUGAGACAGAUGGCAGCGCCCUUGCAGAGUAGUGCGAGGCCGCCCGUACCAGCAGCCGCCGGACAGCAGGCAGCUUUACCAUCCCCGUCUGAAGCGCCUCCAACCAACGGGACAUCGACGGCGACGCCAAUCGCACAAACCAAUCACGCACACUCGCCUCAGGGUGGGCAAUGGCCUCCCCCGGGCGAUGCGACGGUUCACCCGACGCAAACCCUGCGGUGGUCUCCUCAGGAGGGAGCGCCGGCGCCAAGCCCGACCGCGCAGCAACCACCGGCGUCUCAGGCGUGGCCUCAGCCAGCACAGCCGUUCCAGACGCCGCAGGUCCAACAACCAAUGGCGCUGGUCCAGCAACAGGCGGCUGCCGCUUCGCCCGAUGUCAGUGGGCAAGAUAAUGCGGCGCUGCUGGAGAAGAUGAUGAUGAACUUGCGGCGGGCGAGCCAGAACUUUGGGAGGACGGAGGAAGUUAUGGCUCCGGCUCAGAGCUAGGGUCUGGGCCUGGCGUCAUGAUGCAUGUCUCUUUAGCGGACUUUAUGCUAUCUCCCUGUAACGGUGGGGUUUCUUUUCACUGUGGGUGACCAGGGAUUUGGGAGGGACCUGAGGUGGUUAGCAUCGGUUUUGGUGUUUUUGGGGGUCGUGGCUGCGCAAGAUCUUAUAUCCGUCUGCUUGUGUGAUUUGCUUUUUGAGG